CAUACCUAAACCUUAACCCCUUUUUAAGAGCACAUAAUGUCACACGCACUAUUCAGUGUCACCCACUACAUAGCAUGACACACUUUGAAAGUAGUCAAUGUGGCAGCUCAAUUUGAGCUGAGGAAGCAGAUUUUCUCUUUUUAAAAACAACAACACGAACAGUGCAACACACAUGCUAGCAGUCCAGCUUUACUUUUGCGUUUUUGUUUGCUUUUUUGUUUUUUUAAUCUAAUCUUAUCUGCAUGUGAUAUAUUUGCGUACCGGCCGUCUGAGAAUGACUAAGACAUGAUCUGGAAUAAAAUCUUCACAGUGGAUUUAUACAUGAACGGCCGUUACCUCACCUAGAGAAGAGUGCUCUCUGGGCUCUGAGGGAGAGGAUGAGGGUUGUGCAUGGGGGACGGAUGUGCAGGAUGAAAGAAUUGAACAAGACAAGAUGAGUCUGACAGCCAGCGAGGGCACAGAGGCUGGAAGUCCUACUCGCUCCACCCGCGCCCACAGUCUGAGCCCCUCGCUGGAGCACUGGGACGAGACUGAGAACACGACCGUCCCGAGUACCACGGGAGAGCAAGAGAACCGUGCAUACACACAGAACGAUGCCCGUGUAAUGGAGGACUGGACUCGGUAUGACUUCCUCAUGGAGCUGAGAAAAGUGUCCCAGCUUCCUGACUCACGACACAGCCAGCAACUCAACGGCUCCGUCGCGUCCUACCACACACCUGGUGUGCAGGAUGAUACACCAUCCACCUUGUCACCGGGUGUUCUGGAGUCACCUGAGGGAAAAGACGCAGACCCUGGGAGCCCUGAUCCUACAGGGACAGAAAUGCAGGUGUGUCCAUUUUGCCAGCAGUCAUAUCAGCAGGGCACCUAUCUCAGAGAACACAUGAAGUUGUGCCAGAGGGAGGGAGGGCACAGUGUGUGUCCACUCUGUGGCUACAGCACUCCAUACAGGGCACAGAUGGAGCGGCACAUGGCACUACACGCCCAGGUUAAAGAGAAGAAUUCUGUCUCUGACACCAACACGGAAAACCGGAAGUUUAAGUGUACACAGUGUGGAAAAGCCUUUAAAUACAAGCAUCAUCUUAAGGAGCAUCUACGCAUUCAUAGUGGUGAGAAGCCCUACGAGUGCUCCAACUGUAAGAAACGUUUCAGUCACUCAGGCUCCUACAGCUCACACCUGAGCAGCAAAAAGUGUCUCAGUGGGGGCGGAUCAGGGAACGGCGCAUAUUUCAAUGGCCACGCUCACCCUGCCUACCUCUUCCCCUCCCCGACGUCACCCCCUGUAGUUGGAAGCAGGAAUGGUAACAGAGGGAAGAGCUCUCCAUGUGUUCCAUUGAGUCAUGGCUUCACAGACCAACUAGCCAAUCAGGGACAGGAAUCUAGUUCUUCUGCACUCCGAACUUCGGAUCUAAGCAGACCGUGGGAUUCUGUUGCAGCCAUGAGGAUGGGGGUGUUUAAAGGGACUACACUUUUGCCCUUGCUACACUCUGGUGGCAAGUUUGAACAGCUCCUGCAGGAAAUGCUCCGAAAGGAAGUGGAGAAGGAUGAGCAGUUAGGAAGUAGGCAGGACAAGGGCGAAGAAGACAAGACAGAAAGAAGAGAGGGGAAAAGUGAUGUGCCUGUCGGUGCAGUAUCAUGUCAGCGGUGCUUCCAGCUGUUUCCAAAUGAAGUUGUUCUAAAGCAGCAUGAGAGAUAUCUAUGCAAGGGAAAAGAUGAGCAGGAUGCUGUACAGAUGCACUGCAUCAAAGAGGGAUCACCGCUUAACUUCUCCCGUGUCUCCCACAACCUUUACGACACACAGAAAACUCCUUCCACACCUAAUGGAAUGAGCAGAGAGCUCUCUUCUCCACAGCAGGCAUCCUGGCAUUCGCUUCCACAGCAGCUCCUUGUGCCAAUGCCAUCACCUUUGCACUUCCGCUCUGAUUCGGCACAUGCCUACUGGACAAACAGAAAGACAGACAGCCCCGGAAACUCCAGCAUCAUGAGCCCCACUUCGCCCUCGCUACAGGAACACCGACGUCCAGGCUUCAGCUCUCCAUCAAUCACAUCACCAUGCCAGCCUCUUCAACACAGACCGUCACCCAGAUCCGAGAGUUCUCAGAGCGAACCCUUAGACCUUUCCAUUCCCAAAGCACGUAAAGGCUCAGAGCCUGGCUCGGACUGCAACGGCAGCUCACCACAGACAGACCACAGGGAUGUGGAGCAUAUGACCAGAAGGUUAAGCCCACUAUCCCAUCACGAAGUAGGCGGGGCCUAUAGACCUUUAUUUGGAAGUGCAGUUUUCAGCAGCUACCCCUUUUUUAAUCCCAUCAUGUCAAGUGGUCUCGCAGCAAUGGGGCAUAACGGCCUGACAUCACUUCCUCUGACGCCACCAGCACCCAGCCCUGGGUUCCUCUAUAUGAUGGAAGCAGAGUCUGAGACCAUGCUGAAAAGAAUGCAUCAGGAGAUAAACCUCAUGGGUGAUUCCAGAAAACGAGGAAAUCUGGACUACCUCACGCUGAUGGAGGAAAGCCUGGACGGAGAUCAUAUUCCAGGGAGAAAGAGACUCAGGAAGACAGAGGACGGAUUAUACGCCUGCGACAUCUGUGACAAAAGCUUCCAGAAGAGCAGCUCUUUGCUGCGCCACAAAUAUGAACAUACAGGAAAGCGGCCCCAUGAGUGCCAGAUCUGUAAGAAAGCGUUUAAACACAAGCACCACCUGAUUGAGCAUAGCCGGCUUCACUCCGGAGAAAAGCCCUAUCAGUGUGAUAAAUGUGGCAAGCGUUUCUCGCACUCAGGCUCCUACUCACAGCACAUGAACCACCGCUAUGCAUUCUGUGGUCGAGACAAUGACCCAGACGCCCAGGGAGAGGAGCCGGUUUUGGGGGACAUGGCUCUCUACACACGCCCACACAUCAAGCUUCAUCCUGAGACAAGAGACAAUCCGCUCACGCUGGAGGAAACAACCACAUUCCUCAGUGAUUCCAGCCUGGACGGGGCUCCACUAGGAUUCCGAGCAGAAGAGGAGGACGAGGAGGACGAGGAGGAAGAAGAAAACUCGCUUAGCAAUCAUGCACACAAGAGAAGGGUGGAGAAAAGAAUGGAGACCGAGGACAGAAGUAGACACCAGGAACAGUCAAGUGGCAAUAGUAAGAAGACAAAUGAAAAGGUGGAUGAAGGACAGGACACAAAAAACAAUCAUCACAAUAGCAAGAUCCAAGUGGAGCGUGAUGAGGAAGAAACAUGAAUCAAGAGACAGUAUAAAUGCUAUGGACACUUUUAAGUUUUGAGUCAAUUUGCCAAAGAUGUGUAAAAUACAAAGACACUUUUUAAUAGAAGAGAUUUUGAAUGCCGUAAGUGCUUAAAUGUCUGCCUCGUGCCUUUGGAUCGAUGCUGAUUCAACACAAUAAUGCGAAACAUGCACACCAUUACUAUGAAUACAGUGACAUACACGCACAAUGACUAGGUAACCAAAACUGGACUGUAUAUUUUGUGCUCACUAAAUACUGUGUUCUUUAAAGCAAAUUUUUUUUUUUGGACCAAAAAUAUCAUACAGGUUACCCAAAACUAUCACAAAGUAUAAUAGUUGGUAUUAUACUACAACAGUAUAAUACUUUUUAAGAAAUAAGAGCCACUUUGUAUGUCGUCACAUUUGUAGUUUUACUGUACUCAAUCAUGGGUACAGACAAAAAAAAAAAACAAUUAGAAGAUAUUUUUUUGUGGAUUAACCAGGUAAACAACCGCAUAUCCACUCAAAUUAAAUUUUAGCAUUCAUUCUCUUUGUAUCAUUUUUGUCCCAUUUAUCCCUUAUGGGUAAAUUAAUUAGAGGGCUGAUUCUGAGUAUAUAGGGGGUUUUCACCAUCAUAAUUAUCUUAACAUGAAGGAUAUUCUAAAAUAAAAAUUGAUGGACAUCUAUAUUUGCACUAUGAACAACAGUAAUAUGAUGAACAAGAACUUUCAUUCAUUUCAACAUUGACAACAAAUCCAAAAGUAUUGGAUUGCACUCUCUAUUGUCAGGUUAUUUGUGUUCAAACGUACAUCAUGCCACUGUGAUAGAUUCCAUGACAGAGAAAGAAGUGAAUGGUCUAUGUAGGCUGUCAAGCUCUGAAAAACCUGCUACAUAUGAGAGCUAAACAUAUUGCUAUUGCAUACUGCAUUGCUGCAUGAGACCGCAGACAGUGAGAAAUAUGACAUUACUGAGGUUUGCUAAUGUGCGGCGUUUAACUAUGCAAGGGUUCCUGAUCAAUGCAUAGCACCUGUAGCAUUCAACUGCCCAAGCAGAAAAUGGUGCUUUUUCCAGGUUUGGUUUCAGCUUUAUCUUGUUUUAAGUCAGUGUUUAUCUGUCAACAUGGAAAUGUUACCAAAUGUAUAUUCCUAUAAGCUAUUUAAAUAUUCCGUCUAAUUUGCAUCAGUGUUGCUUUUUAUACAGACUUAGUUAAGCUUUUGUACCAUUUUAAAGAAUUAUUUGUGCAUACAUUUACGUACAGUCUAAUAAAGUUGUACUUAUCAA